AUGACGAUGACGGAAUCGAACCCACCAGAUAUAACACCAGAACAAAAGAAAGCGUGGGAAUCUUCCUCGGAUUUUGCCAACUACUUUUGCACGUACGCGUAUAUUUACCACCAAAAACAAAUGCUAUCGGAUGAUUUGCGUAUGCAGAGCUACCACGAGGCCAUUUUUGAGAAUCCCAAUCAUUUUAAGGACAAAGUAAUACUGGAUGUAGGAACUGGCAGCGGUAUUUUAGCCAUCUGGGCAGCUCAGGCUGGGGCCCGUAAGGUUUUUGCUGUGGAGGCGACGGAUAUUGCAGUGCAGGCUCGCAAGGUAAUCAAAGCAAAUGGACAGGACCACAUUGUAACUGUCAUUCAAUCCAAGAUAGAAGAUGUACAACUACCCGAGAAAGUAGAUGUAAUCAUUUCAGAGUGGAUGGGAUACUUUUUGCUCCGUGAAUCCAUGUUCGACUCAGUCAUCGUAGCUCGCGAUCGUUGGCUCAAGGCAGACGGCGCCAUGUUUCCAUCCCAUGCCAGCAUGUCAAUCGCUCCCAUGUGCAAUGAGGACAACAGCAAUAAGCGCUUUGCUGAGUUCUCAUCCGCUAUGGACAGAUGGCGCAGCUUUGUGGACAACACUAAGGCGGCCUGGGGCGUAGACAUGGGUGUGCUGGGCAACGCCUUUCGUAAAGAGCAGGAGCAGUACUCGCUGCAUACUUCGUCGUGGGAGGAGCUUAACGCCAAAGACCUCAUUGGAGACGAAAAUGAGUUUGCCAAAUGGGACCUCAAGAACUGCACCCUCGACGACAUUAAAGAAAUCAAGGCGUCCUUCUCCAUGCCCAUCUCUAUUAUGUCCCGCUUUGGUGGCAUCGCUGGGUGGUUUGAUGUUGACUUCAAGGGCUGUGUGGAGAAUCCGGCAAUGAAGGAGGUGACGCUCACUACAUCGCCGUUCGUGCAGCCCACGCACUGGGGUCAGCAGGUUUUUCCACUUUACCCGCCCGUUCAGGUGUGCGAAGGUGACGUGGUGAUAGGCGACAUUGCCGUCAUGCGUCGUGCGGACAACCAACGCCUCAUGAAUGUCAAGUUUAAUUUUCGAAUUCGUCGUCCCGAGGACCCGGACGAGAGCAUGUCGAGUCCCUAUAACUCGGCCGUCUUCCAGAUUGAAUAA